AGUCUGGUAAGCUCUCGACUACAUACAGGCCUCGGUGCUCUCUUCCCCUCUAAUGGACGCAUGUGGGGGCAGUGCGCAUGCUGUGCCGCCAUGCCGUACAGAGCUCACCGUUCCUGCAUGGAGGCAGCAACAGCUGCGCGUGUGCAUGACACGACAAUGCGGGCUUACAGUACCUGCGGCAGACAAGUCCAGUACUACUACGUACGUACUACUAUCUAUCGAUAA